GGGCGGGGGUGGUGGUCUGUUAGUGGCGUUGGGCUUCGGCCGUGGUGGCAGCGGUUUCUUCUCUGCUCACGGGGAGCAGCUCAGGCUGGAGGCCAGCCAGCUCUUGCCGCCGCCUCGGUCGCGAUGGGGGCGCAGGACCGGCCGCAGUGUCACUUCGACAUCGAGAUCAACCGGGAGCCGGUUGGUCGCAUUAUGUUUCAGCUCUUUUCAGAUAUAUGUCCAAAAACUUGCAAAAACUUCCUUUGCCUAUGCUCAGGGGAGAAAGGCCUUGGGAAAACAACUGGGAAGAAGUUAUGUUAUAAAGGUUCUACAUUCCAUCGUGUGGUUAAAAACUUUAUGAUUCAGGGUGGGGACUUCAGUGAAGGUAAUGGAAAAGGUGGAGAAUCAAUUUAUGGUGGAUAUUUUAAAGAUGAAAACUUUAUUCUCAAACAUGACAGAGCGUUCCUUUUGUCAAUGGCAAAUCGAGGGAAACAUACCAAUGGUUCCCAGUUUUUCAUUACCACAAAACCUGCUCCACACCUGGAUGGGGUGCAUGUUGUCUUCGGACUAGUUAUUUCCGGUUUUGAAGUAAUCGAACAAAUUGAAAAUCUGAAAACUGAUGCUGCAAGUAGACCUUAUGCCGAUGUGCGAGUUAUUGACUGUGGGGUGCUUGCCACGAAGUCAACAAAAGACGUUUUUGAGAAAAAAAGGAAGAAACCAACUCAUUCAGAAGUCUCGGAUUCCUCUUCCAAUUCCUCUUCCUCUUCAGAAUCAUCCUCAGAAAGUGAAAUUGAACAUGAGAGAAGCAGAAGAAGGAAACAUAAGAGAAGGCCAAAAGUUAAACAUUCUAAAAAGAGACGAAAGGAAGCAAGCAGUUCAGAAGAGCCAAGGAAUAAACAUAUAAUAAGCCCAAAAGGUCACUCUGAGAGGAGUGACACCAAUGAAAAAAGGUGUAUCGAUUCAAAUGCUAAAAGGGAAAAGCCUGUGGUGCGCCCAGAAGAGAUUCCUCCAGUGCCCGAGAACCGAUUUUUACUAAGAAGAGAUAUGCCUCUUGUCACAGUGGAGCCUGAACCGAAGAUUCCUGAUAUUACACCCACUGUAAAUGAUCAGAAACCAUCUGUAUCAAAGUCUGGACGGAAGAUUAAAGGAAGGGGCACAAUUCGCUAUCACACACCUCCAAGAUCAAGAUCCUGUUCCGAAUCAGAUGAUGAUGAUAGCAGUGAAACUCCUCCUCACUGGAAAGAAGAAAUGCAGAGAUUAAGAGCAUAUAGACCACCUAGUGGAGAAAAGUGGAGUAAAGGAGAUAAGUUAAGUGACCCCUGUUCAAGCCGAUGGGAUGAAAGAAGCUUGUCCCAGAGAUCCCGAUCGUGGUCCUAUAAUGGAUAUUAUUCAGAUCUAAGCACAGCAAGACACUCUGAUGGUCACCAUAAAAAACGCAGAAAAGAGAAAAAGGUUAAGCAUAAAAAGAAAGCUAAAAAGCAGAAACAUUGCAGAAGGCACAAACAGACUAAGAAGAGAAGGAUUAUUGUACCAUCUGACAUAGAAUCCUUAAAAUCUUCCACCCGAAGAGUGAAAUCCUCAUGUGAUAGAGAAAGGAGAUCUCGUUCUUCCUCGUUGUCAUCUCAUCACUCGUCCAAGAGGGACUGGUCUAAAUCUGAUAAGGAUGACCACAGCUCUUCAACCCAUUCCAGCAGAGACUCAUACAGAUCAAAAUCUCACUCACAGUCUUAUUCUAGAGGAAGCUCAAGAUCAAGGACUCCGUCAAAAUCCUCAUCACACUCUCGAAGUAGAUCAAAGUCCAGAUCUAGUUCUAAGUCAGGGCACCAAAGAACAGCAUCAAAAUCACCAAGAGGAACAGGCUCUCAGUUAAGUGAAAAUAAACCUGUUAAAACAGAACCUUUAAGAGCAACAGUGACACAAAAUGAAAAUGUUUUAGUACAACCAGUGGUGGCGGAAAAUAUUCCUGUAAUACCACUGAGUGACAGCCCCCCUCCUUCAAGGUGGAAGCCUGGACAGAAGCCCUGGAAGCCCUCUUAUGAACGAAUCCAGGAAAUGAAAGCUAAAACAACCCAUUUGCUGCCCAUCCAAAGCACUUAUGGUUUAGCAAAUGUUAAAGAGACUGGUAGUUCAUCAUCCUACCAUAAAAGAGAAAAAAAUUCAGAAAGUGAUCGGAGCGCUUAUUCAAAAUACAGUGAUAGAAGUUCAGAAAGUUCACCGAGGUCAAGGAGUAGAUCUUCUAGGAGUAGAUCUUAUUCCAGGUCAUACACAAGAUCUCGAAGUUUAGCUAGUUCACAUUCAAGGUCUAGGUCUCCCUCAUCUAGAUCUCAUUCACGAAAUAAAUACAGUGACCACUCACGGUGUAGUAGAUCAUUUUCAUACUCUUCUGUUAGCAGUGAUGAUGGAAGACGAGCCAAGAGAAAAUUUAGAUCCAAUGGGAAAAAAAAUAACACCUCAAAUAAAAGGCACAGCAGCAGCUCUGAAAAGACACUUCGUAAUAAAUAUGUCAGAGGCAGAGACAAGUCUUCAUGUCAUAGAAAGUACAGUGAAAGCAGGUCAUCUUUAGAUUAUUCUUCAGACAGUGAACAGUCAAGUGUUCGGGUUACACAGUCAGCCCAGGAAAAAGAGAAGCAAGUCCAAAUGGACAUGAAUAAUAAACAAGAGAAAAACAGAGGUGAAGAGAAAUCUAAGCCUGAACGGGAAUGCCCUCAUUCAAAAAAAAGAACUUUGAAAGAAAGUCCUUCUGAUCAUUUUAGAAGUGGCAGUAAGCCCAAAAGGAAGAAUUAUGCUGGGAGUAAAUGGGACUCUGAGUCAAAUUCUGAACAAGAUGCAACUAAAAACAGUAAAAAUAAUUCCCGGCCAUCUUCUGAUAAGGAGGAAGGUGAAGCCACUUCAGAUUCUGAGUCAGAGUUGGGUGAAAUUCACAUCAAAGCCAAACCAGCAACUAAGUCUUCAGCAAGUACUUUACUGCCUGAUGGUAAUAGUGCCUGGAAAUCAAGCAAACAGCGGUCAUCAACCUCUGAUUCUGAGGGGUUCUAUUCCAAUUCAGAAAACAGUAGAGGAAAACCCCACAAGCAUAAACACAGCUCCAAGGAGCAUCUUAAAAGGGAACAUACCAAAAAAGCAAAAGAGAAAUUGAAAGGGAAAAAAGAGAAAAAACACAAGGCUCCAAAACGAAGACAAGCGUUUCACUGGCAGCCUCCACUAGAAUUUGGUGAAGAGGAGGAGGAGGAGAUUAACGAAAAGCAAGUUACUCAGGAAGCAAAAGAGAAAAAACAACUUUCUGAAAACAGGGAAGCCGUAAAAGAAAAUAUUCCCCAAACUGAGAAGCCCUGUGAAGAUGGCAGUCUUUCAGCUUUAAAUGCUGAGGAAAACGUGGUCAGUUCUCCCCCGAACAUUCAGCAUAUUGAAGAGAGCAUCCCAAGCGGAGUGGAGGAUCUGCUUCAAACAGAUGACAACAUGGAGAUUUGCACUCCUGAUAGGAGUUCCCCAGCAAAGGCCGAGGCGGCUUCCCCUCUAGGAAAUUCAAGGCUUGGCACCCCGGAUAUAAGCAUUGUUCUAAAGCAGGAUAUGCCAACAGAGCAUCCUGAGGCAGAGUUGGGAAAACAGGAAAGCAGCAUGUCAGAAAGCAAAAUGGUGGGUGAGGUGGGAAAGCAGGACAGCAGCUCCGCCAGCUUGGCCACUGCUGUAGAAAGCACUGUGAAGAGAGAGGUGGCUGAGAAAAGCCAGACCAGCCUCAUGGAUAAUAAAUGGAAGCCCCUGCAAGGUGUGGGGAACCUGGCAGCACCGUCUGCUACUACAUCAAGUGCUGUGGAAGUUAAGGCACUGACUACUGUGCCUGAAAUGAAACCACAAGGCUUGAGAAUAGAAAUUAAAAGCAAAAAUAAAGUUCGGCCUGGGUCUCUCUUUGAUGAAGUAAGAAAGACAGCACGCUUAAACCGGAGGCCAAGAAAUCAGGAGAGUUCGAGUGAUGAGCAGACGCCUAGUCGGGAUGGUGAUAGCCAGUCCAGGAGUCCAAGCAGAUCUCGAAGUAAAUCUGAGACCAAGUCAAGGCACAGAACAAGGUCUGUCUCCUACAGUCACUCAAGGAGUCGAUCGAGAAGUUCCACAUCAUCUUAUCGAUCAAGAAGCUACUCCAGAAGUCGGAGCAGAGGGUGGUACAGCAGAGGCCGCACAAGAAGCCGGAGCAGUUCCUACCGCAGUUACAAAAGCCAUAGGACGUCCAGCAGGAGCAGAUCCAGGAGCAGCUCGUACGAUCCCCACAGUCGGUCCAGAAAAGAAACUAUAACAUUUUUCUGUUUAAUACGGUCCUACACCUACGAUAGCUACUAUAGCAGGAGUCGGAGUCGAAGUAGAAGCCAGAGGAGCGACAGUUAUCACCGAGGCAGAAGCUACAAUAGGCGGUCCAGGAGUUGUAGAUCUUAUGGCUCUGACAGUGAAAGUGACCGAAGUUACUCUCAUCGUCGGAGUCCCAGUGAAAGCAGCAGAUAUAGUUGAAAGUGUCCCCUUUUUUUGAUACAAAUUGGAUCUUAUUUGUAAAUAUCUGGUAACUUAAAAGUUUAAGAAACUUAAUGGCAGUCUGUUGUUCUGUUUCAAUAUUAGAGAUGAAGUUGAAAAAUAGACACUUAUAAUUGUUAUUUGUUCAUUUACAUGUGCGUAGAAUUUAAAAUACAGAUAUGUCUCCUAAAAAUAUUUGUAUGCCACAUUUUACAGUAGCCAACUAUGGAAAUGAAUUUCAUUUUCUUGAAUCAAGAAAUCAUGAAAUUUAAAUAUAAUUUGCAAUAUUAUUUUAGCUAGAUUAUUUCUCUCCAUCUCAUGUAUUUCUUAGAAUACAGAUUCUUUUUGCCCGUUUUUAAGGUUUUAGCAUGUACGCUGCCAAGCAUAGAACUGUGAAGGAGAACUGUGAAAGGUGACCAAAUACUUGUAUACCAAUUACACAGAACCUUAUACAUGUGUGCUCUUAAAAACAAACUGCCCAGAACUGAUACUGAUGGUAGCCAGGAGUAUAAGGCAGUGGCUCUGGGGUUCUUAAUUCAUUCCUUACUUCUUUGUUGUCUCAGAGGAUCAGAAAAGUAGUCACCAUACAGCCCAGUGUAUUAUUUCAGGCUGGCGGGUGAGGUUAAGAAGAGUAAAUCAGCCUUAACUAUAAAUACCUGCACUGUCUCUAAAGCCCUAAUGUUUUAUGUGCUUUCUAAUAAAUACUAUGAAGUUCGGUUUGUAAAAAGACAAUUCUAUUCCAGUUCAUGCUUUGGUGCUUGGUACCUUUUGGUGCAUUAUUCUUACAUACUAUACAUUAGAAUUCCGUCAGAGAGAGAAAUGAAUUUUUAAAAAUUCAUUGGCACCAAACGUGGGUCCUUCUAAGCUCUAUUCACUUUAAAUAUUUGGAGGGCCUCUCUCAAGCACAGGUGUGGGCUGGAGGCCAUGGAGCAGGCAGGAUUGGCAUGGGGUUGUGUGGCCACUGGGGUCUGCUGCACAGAACUGAUGCGUGUGUCCCUGGAGGAGUUGAUUGGAGAGUGGACUUCAAAAGUAACACCAAGAUCUCCCUGCCACCAUCCUGGGCACAUUUUGCAGGGCUUUACUUUUAAGUCUUUCGAGUAAGAGGCAGAUGCAAGAGCAGUUGAACUGUUCUCAGCACCCGCCAGCAUGUUUCCCUGUUUCAGUGGCCUGCACUGACUCAGUGAAGCCUUGUGUGAGAUGGUAAACCUACGACAACAGACAGGGAAUCGGGGUGUGCAGUACUGCAUAGAUUACGCACUUUCACAGUCUUGGGUGGUUCCUGCAAAAAUGAUUUGACCUGUAAAAACUGGUGAGAUUUUUUUUUUUUGCGGUACGCGGGCCUCUCACUGUUGUGGCCUCUCCCAUUGCGGAGCACAGGCUCCGGACACGCAGGCAGGCUCAGCGGCCAUGGCUCACGGGCCCAGCCGCUCCGCGGCAUGUGGGAUCUUCCCAGACCGGGGCACGAACCCGCGUCCCCUGCAUCGGCAGGCGGACUCUCAACCACUGUGCCACCAGGGAAGCCCUGGUGAGAUUUUUUUUAACCUUUAGUUUGAGUUUUUUCCCCAAGUGUACUUAAUCACCUUAGUGCCAGUUUAAUCCAGUUAUGCAGAAGAAAUUCAUAUUGGAUGUUUGAUGCAGAACUCUGUGCCAUCCUACCCCAGGGCUUGCCUGGUGUACUUGGGAAGUGGGAAAGAGCCCUCAGUUGGAGGGAUCUGACCACCCCUGAUGGAUGGAGGGGUGACCUUGGAUAUAUUAAAACCAUCACCCAUAAAAGGUUCAUAAGCAGGGUUGUGGCCAGUUGUUUGCCAAGUUGAUAGAUGAGAAUACAUUAGAAAAUAGGACCUAAGUCAAACAAACGUACUUGAUAGUGAAUACAAAACAAUGUGCGAUCAUAUGAAGGGUUUUCAGAAGUUGCCUACAGAGGAGAAUAUUGCUUUAAUGGUAUGCAGUGGAAAGAAACUGCAUUUAGAACCCAAACAAAAACUGCCAAAUCUAAUUACGUUAAGAAGAGUUACCUUUGGGCAGUGUAUUAGUUUUCUAUUGCUGUGUAACAAAUGACCCCAAACUUUGCAGCUUAAAGCAGCACUCAUUUCUUAGCUUACAGUUCUGUAGCUCAUGAGUCCAGCACAGUAUGGCUGGAUUCUCUGCUCAGGGUCUCACAAGGCUGAAAUCAAGGGUCAGCAGGGCAUCAUUCCUUUAUGGAGGCUCUGGGGAAGAAUCUGCUUCCAAGUUCAUUCAGAUUGUUAGCAGUAUUCAGUUCCUUGCUGGCUGUCAGCCGGGGUCCUCUUUCUCGGCUCCUUAAGGCUGCUCGCAUUCCUUCUUGUGUGCUUCCCUCCAUCUUCAAACGAGCAAUGGCCCAUCGAGGCCUUCUUCUCAUGCUUCAGGUCUCUCUGCCUUCCUCCUCUGUUUUAAGGUUCGUGUGAUUAGAUCGAGCCCACUGAGAUAGUCUCCCUGUGUUAAGGUCAGCUGUGCCACAGAACAUAAUCACAGAAGUGGUAUCGCAUUUACAGGUUCCUGGGAUUGGGGCAUGAAAUAGGAGGAGGGGCAUUUUAGAAUUCUGCCUCCCACAGGCAAUAACUUCGCCUGUUGUGCUGUGGGUAGAAUUUUACCCUGAAAAGGUGGGCCCUAGAAGCCUCGUUUGUUUUCUCCAUGGAAAAGGACAGCCCUCAGCUGCAGCAUUCAACUUGUGUGUUUACUGAAUGGACUACAGAAAUAGCUUUUCUUCAUAAAGGGGAUUGUUCUGUAUUUUAAGUUACUUUUUAAAUAAAAUUGAAUUAUGUGUAUUGUGCUUCUUAAUAGACAAGGCAUUAUUGGGCUGGUUUUGUAAUGUCCUGUUUACUGCAAAUGAAACAUGAUAUAGCUGGUAUUGUUCAAAAACUGUAGAAAAUACUUUUGUACAUAUUGGUAAUGUCUGAUUUGUAUACACUCCAUUUAAAUUUCCCUAAAACUGGAAAGGGGGGCCUUGUAGACAUUAAAAUAUAUACUUAGUCUAA